GGGCUGUGGACUCAGUCAAGACCCCCAGCAGUGCAAGCCACUAGUACCAAAGGAGCUGUCUGUGACCUGCCAGCCCUCUGGACUCUGUCACCUCCCUUGAGAAAACAACUCUCUCGCUCUAUGCUUGGAAGAGUUUAAAACCUCUGAACACUACAAACCUAUUUGGAGAAGGUCAGCUCCCUGUGUGCCUAAAGAAGCACUCUGGUCAAAGCAAAGCUUUUGACACAUCUGCCAAAAGCAUGCCUGCUGAACACUGUGAGGUGUCAGAACUAAUUGAAGCCAUGGAUUCAAGUGAGCCUUCUGAGCAAUCUGCUGAACCCUGCAUCAUUGUGGAUGAAAGAAAAAACUCUUUGGACUAUACUGAACCCCAAAAGGUCAAUGGACAAAUGGAUUCCUCUGUGCACAGUGCCGAUCAUUACAACAUGAAUGUAGAACAUGCAGAGGAGAGUAAACCUUCUGUGCAUUAUAAUAGGCAUUCUGAGGGCUUUGAACAAUGGAUCAACCAGCCCUGUGAGGACUAUCCAGCUCUUCACAAGCACACUAAUCAGUGUAAGUCUUCCGAGUUAAGUAAAUCAUUUGAAGAAUGUACUCAACAUUGUGAGUGCUUUGAGUUCAGCAAGUCCUCUGAGCACUGUGCUAAUGACUGUCUAGCUUCUGUAUUUAGGCAACACUGCGAAAAUUGCACAGGACACUUUCAGUCAUCUGAACAAUGCAAGCCUUCUGAUCAACACUGUAUGUCCUUUGAGCCAAGCGAACCUGCUGAGAGCUCUGAGUUUUUUGAGCAAUGUAAGAUAUAUGACUUCAUACCUGACAUCUCUGAAUCUACUAAAUCAAUCAGAUCAUUUGAGCACUGCACUGGUAUUUGUGGGUAUUCAGGAAAAUACAAUAAUAUUGAACAUCCAACAGAAUAUAAUGAGACUACAACGUCAUAUAAUGAUGAUUUAAAGCCCGCUGAGCCUACAAUUCAACAAAUUGAAAUCUGUGGGCUUUUUGACUCUGAGUUUUGCACAACAUUAGAACCUAUACAUUCUUCAGAUUUGAACAUGCAUUCUCAAUGCUAUGCUGAACAAGUUGAUCCCAAUGAAAGUAGACAUGUCUCUAAAGUUUGUGAACCCACUGAGCAAACGUUGCUUGCUGAACAAUGCAGUCAUCUAUCUGCUGAAUAUGAUAUACCCUCUGGGCACUGUGAACUGCAAAACAAUCUCUAUGAGCAAAGUGAGACAAGUGUACAGUGUGAACUGACUGAGCGAUGUAAUUCUUGUGAGAGCUAUACCAGUCAACAUCCAAGCAUAAAUAACAAAUACUAUGAGCCUAGCAACGCAUUUUAUUCUGAGGAAGACAAGUCUUCUGAGUGCUCAUCCAUUGAAACAAGUUAUUUCGAAUUUUGCAUCGAUGACAGUAUAAAUUCAGACCUAUUAACUGAUUCAGCUGAAUCCUAUGAAGCAUUAGUGGAAGAAGGAGCACCAGACAAAUCCAGGGAUGAUAAAGCUAAAUUCUGUUCAGAGAUAUGGGGAUCUUUUGACAAUUGUCCAGAUGUGGUAGAAUGUGAGGAAAGCAAAGCUGAUGAAGAAAAACCUCACUUGGAUGCAGUCGUUGUUGAGGAAUUCUUUGACUUAUUCGAUAAAAAGGAUACUUAUACCUUUUCUCAAAGGCGACCUUAUACCUCCUGUUUUGAAGGGGGAGGGGUUCAUGAGCAGAUUUUUGAACAACUUAAACCUCAAGUGCCCAUUAUGAAUGAGGAAGAAACACAUAUGUCCUGUGCCAAAAAAAGGCUUGAAUCACUUGCUUUAGAUGAGAAAAUCAAUGAGAAUAAAGCUUUUAGUCAAGAAGAAGUUGAUCAAUCUUAUGAUACUUGUGCUGAGGACAGACCAUUUAAUGUAGACUGUGCUGAUGAUGAGGCAUCAGCCUCUGGAUCUUUUGCAGAGGAGGAAAGAUGUGAAUCUUGUUUUGAAGAAGCCUCAGCUAAUGAAGUUGACAUUUACGAAGCUUUUGUAGCAGAAGACAAUGCUAUUAAGGCUGAGGCCCACAAGCCCUUUGUUGAGGAAGAUUGCAUUGCUGAAGAUAAAGCUGGUGAGGUUCAUGCCAAUGGACACUUAGUUGAUGAGGACAACAUGUACGAACACAGUGCAGAGGAAGCUUCUCAUGGAUCCUCUGCUGAAGUGUCUUUUGUUGAAGAUGAUGAAACAUAUGAGGGCCAAAAUGAUCAGACUUAUGAACCAUGCUUUGAAAAAGAGAAAUCUUUUGAUGAAGAAGAGCAGAAAAUACACAUUGCAGAAGAUGAAUUAUACAACCCAUAUGCUAGAGACAAAGCUUAUAGAUCAUAUGAACUGUGUGAUGAAGAUUGCAUCGCAUAUGGCUGUGAACAUACACCAUUUUCCAUGGAAGGGGAAGCUUAUGCACUCUGCGCUGAGGAGAAAGCCUGUGAACCAAGUGAUGAAGAGCACCAUGAAUAUGAAAGCAAAGCCAAUGAAUCUAGUGUUAAUCACUUCUGUGAUGAAGAAGACUCUGAUGAUACUUUUAAUGAAGGAAUUGAUGACAGCACUCCUGAGACAUAUUUUAAAGAUGGAGUGUGCAAUGAGGGGGGAGAGCAUGCUGCUCCAUGUGCUGAGGAGAGUGAAUGUCCUCACUCACUUGAGGUUAUAACCAAAGACACUGUACUAUGCACUGAAGGAAGCAAACCAGCUAUGCCUGAUGGUAUUGAAUUCAAUGGAGAUCAAACUGAUUCCUCUACAACCUCUUCGGAAGAGAUAGAUGAGCAAAACAAGUCAUCUAAAUUGUGUGAGGAUCUGAACACACCAUAUAUGUCUGAGGGCUGGGAGGAACACAAUGUUGUCUCAGAGUACCUCCAACCCCCAGAGUCCGAGGACCUUUCAGAGCAGGUGUCUGAGAAAACAAGCCCCCCUUUUGAUGGUGCUGAACAUAGUAAAAACUCCAUGGUCAGCGAGCCAGAUGAACAUCAUGCCGAACAAACAGAGCCCGCUGAAAAAAGUGAGCUGGAUGAGAAAACAGAGUUGCAUGAAUUUUUUAAGAUUGUGGCCUCUGAACAACCAAGUGAAGAGUCUGACGAGGAGCUGAAUGACGAUGAGUCUGAGGAGUCCUGUGAAUGCGAGUACUGCGUUCCGCCUAGCGACCAGGUCCCAGAAAAACCUUUGCUCCCUCUAAUCAAGUCAAAAGACGCAGGGAAGAUCUGUGUGGUGAUUGAUUUGGAUGAAACAUUAGUGCACAGUUCAUUCAAGCCAUUGAACAACGCUGAUUUUAUAAUUCCAGUGGAAAUCGAUGGAACAGUUCACCAGGUGUAUGUGUUGAAGCGACCCCAUAUGGAUGAGUAUCUCAGACGAAUGGGGGAGUUGUUUGAGUGUGUUCUGUUCACUGCGAGUUUAUCCAAGUAUGCCGAUCCCGUCUCCGACCUGCUGGAUAAAUGGGGUGCCUUCCAACACCGUCUCUUCCGGGAGUCCUGCGUUUUCCACCAAGGAAACUAUGUGAAAGACCUGAGUCGUCUGGGCAGGGACCUCAACAAGGUCAUCAUUGUGGACAACUCUCCAGCCUCCUACAUCUUCCACUCUGAUAAUGCUGUCCCUGUAGCAUCCUGGUUUGACGACAUGGCUGACACAGAGCUACUAGAUCUCAUCCCGUUCUUCGAGAGACUAAGCAAAGUGGACGAUGUCUACGAUACGCUCAAGCAGCAGAGGACUGCAAGCUAGUGUGUAAUCAAACACUGGCUGCAACUUUUCACCACGGGGGCCAUGGAGGAGGCUGGUGGUUAACAAGCUUCAAGUUUCUUCCCACUAGAAGGACCAGCUAGUGUCUCUCGGUCGUUGUCACCCAGCGAAUUCCAUUCACACACAACCUCAUGGAGGCCACUCAGUUUGGCACAGAGACAGAACUGGGAGGAACUACUUCAUGACAAACAUCGAAAAGAGUGUUAUAAGUAAUUUUUUCAAUUUUGAUGCAGUAAUCCCCUCAUGGUUACAACUUUUCCUCCUGAAGAGAAGGUUGAACAAAGCCCUUUUUUGUGGGACGGUGAUCAUUUAAGCAGGCAAUAAAGUAAUUUUGCAAAGUAAUUGGUGAAUACGAUAUGAAAUACUGAGGGUGUUUAUAUUGAGAUCAAGAUAACUCAACCCAAUCGUUUAAAGACUGUUUCCAAAAAUGUCCUAAUGUACCGCAAGUAUAUUAUUUUUGAAUUUUACCAUUUUUCCUUACCCAAACGUUACUGUAUAUCGAGUGUUUUCAACCUUCAAUACUAUUUUAGUAAAUUAUUCACUACAACAUGCACACUUGUGAUUGUGUCAAGGAUGUACGAUUAUCAACAAGGAUGCACUAUGUAGCAACACAGCAAAUCAUCGUAUUUUGAACAUUGGAAAAGCUGUCACAUGCACGUGUAUGUAUGUGUUUGUAUUUUUAUUCCAUGUCAGCUGAUUUAAGAUCAGAUUUGAAAAAGAUACAGCAAUAAUGUUCACCUUAGUGAAAUAGUCAGCAUUUGAUAUUAACUGUAACAGCAAUUAAUUAUAUCUAGUUAUGCUCUUUUCAUCAUUAAUCAAGUUGAAUAAAAACUGGAAUCACAUCAGAUGUGACAUAUGAUGUGACACAUUAUGAUGACAUAUUUAGCCAUUAUAUCAGUGAAGUGUUUAUGCCCGUUUGAAAUGUAUUACACACAGAGAAUGCCUUAUUCAUGAUUUGCCAAUCAUUCACUUAAAGUAACUGCCCAGAGAAUUUCACUUUUAAAAGUUAAUAUUCUGUUAACUCAUAUCCAAAUUAAUGCUGUUGGCUUGUCUUAUACUCGUAUUUGUGGCCAAAGCAUAAAUUGGAGAAAAGAAAGAGCCACCUCAAAUGUAUGUCUCAAACAGACCGUUUAAAUAAUGCUUGCGAUUUCCUCAUAGAACAUAAUAUAAUCUCCCCGAGGAGGGUGAGCAGAGCAAUCAGCGGUCUUGAGGAGGAUGAGGGUAGGCAGGGUAGUGGUUAGAGUGUUGAACUAGUAACCGGAAGGUUGCAAGUUCAAACCCCUGAGCUGACAAGGUACAAAUCUGUUGUUCUGCCCCUGAACAGGC